ACACCAACCACGUGUUUGUCGACCCCCAAGAUUUAGCAACCAGCCUUUCAACUUAGAAACAGACGGACAAACCAACUAAUACAACACAUCACAAUCUGUCUCACUUAAGUUACUUCAGCUUAGUCAUGAGUAGUGUGUCAACAGUGAAAUGUGACACUGAGGACUCUGGGAAGGAUAAUGACACGGAGGGUGAGUGGUCAGCAACAGAGGUCUCUCUUGAGGAGCUGCUAGAAGUUUUACAUGCUGCUCCUCGCUCCUGUCGGCAUGGAGAUGAGGUGUGGCCCAACUUGUAUUUGGGUGAUAUGUUCAUGUCUCAUGACAAGUUUGGACUGUGGACACUGGGUAUCACCCACGUGCUGAAUGCCUCACAUGGGAAACUGUGCUGUAAAGGGAGCGACGACUUCUAUGGAACCACGGUGAAAUACUACGGUGUGCCAGCCAACGACCUUCCAACAUUUGAACUGUCACCUUUCUUUUACCCUGCUGCUGCUUUCAUAGACCAAGCUCUAACAUCAGGAGGGAGAGUGUUAGUGCACUGUGCUGUGGGAGUGAGUCGCUCAGCCACAUUGGUCCUUGCCUACCUGAUGAUUUACAAGCACCACCGUCUCUUGUCUGCCAUAAAAUGUGUUCUUCAGAAGCGUUGGAUCUUUCCAAAUAGAGGCUUCCUGCAACAGCUUAUGCACCUCCAACGAACACUAGAGAGCCAAGGGGAUGCCAAGUAAAAAUCAAAUGGAAGACUGCUUUGCUCUUAUCAGUCAUUUCACUGUGACUAUAUAAAGUAAGUCUUUUUGAGAUUAAUAACGCUGGAGAUUUGUUUUUUUAAUCCUUUUGAGUUAGAUGUUUCUGCUUAGUCAAACUAAAAUUGGCAUGCUGAUUUCAAAACAGUCAGAUAUUUUGUAGCACGCCAAUUUUUUUCUCUCCACAGGCUAACUACUUACUAUCUUUUAACUAAUUGCACACAAUUAUCCUUUGUAAAAUGAAUACACUAAUAAUAACAUUUAAAAAAAAAAAACACCUUUAUAGGCCAGAUAACUAUUGAUUUGGUCAAUAAAAAAACAACAACAACAAAAAACAUGAUGACCUCACAUCCGCAUCUGUCACAUGUCCACAUCACAUGUGGACGC